UGUUUACAACGCUCUAUACAAGAAUCAUGGCCACGAUUUUGUGCAGGACUGCCAGAAUAUGACUUUCCGUCUUUGGAUCCAAUAUACAUAGAACGUCUUCCAAUUAAAGUUGAUUUAGCCAACAUACGUGGAGAAAUAAAUGUAUCAAAUAUGACUGGCAUCGGAAUAUCGACGAUUCGUUUUCCUGCCGUGAGACCGCAUUUUCAUGAUAACGUUUUCCAUUUGGAAAUUGACGCAGUAUUACCACUGUUAUUCGCAGAAGCUAACAUGGAAGUAAAUGGUACUAUUAGUGUAUUCAAAAUCCUUGGCAAAGGUAAGAUACAAUAAAUUCUACGUAUCUUG